AUUCGCGGGUUCUAACUAUUCACGGGGGGGUCUGGUACGCAUCCCCCGCGAAUCCGGGGGGACCACUAUGUAUGUAUGUAUGUAUGUAUAUAUAUAUAUAUAUAUAUAUAUAUAUAUAUAUAUAUAUAUAUAUAUAUAUAUAUAUAUAUAUAUAUAUAUAUACAGUUACCAUCCGAGUUACGACCUGCGCGAGUUACGUCCACCCGUACUUACGACAGUGUCCGACAGGGGUCUAUUUUUUAUAUUUGGCGGCGUUUACUGUUUGGCAGCGCGGUAGCGUAGUGCGUGCGGCGCGGUAUGACAGUUACGACGGCGCCGGCAGCACAGCAUCCCAGACAGACUCAUCCCAACCACCUCACUCACUGUCUAAGACAUUGUAGCAGUACUGUAACAUUGUAGCAGGAACAUUUUUUUCAUUACACCUUUGCCAUGGCCCCUAAGAGAAAGUCUGACUCAUCAGAAUGCAAUUCUGCCAAGAAAGCUAGGAAGGCACUGACGUUGGAGAUGAAGAUGGACGUAAUCAAGAAAUAUGAAGGUGGGAUGAAAGUUAAUUGUAUAAGCAGAAGUCUCCAUCUCUCCCACUCCACGGUCUCCACCAUUCUAAAGGACAAGGAAAGGAUUAAGGACGCAGUGAAAGGAGCAGCCCCAAUCAAGUCAACUAUUAUCACCAAACAGCGUGAAGGACCGAUAGCAGACAUGGAAAAGUUGUUAUUUACGUGGCUGGAAGAUAAUAGACAAAGAAAUGUGCAAGUGAUGUUGCGAGCAGUGCAAAGCAAGGCAACAAGUUUAUUUAAAAUGUUAAAAGAGAAAGGAGGUGAAGAAUAUGCUUCGUUGGAGUUUAUAGCGAGUGAUGGGUGGUUUCGUCGAUUCCGAGAUCGGUACCAAGUGCACCAUGUUCUGACGAAAGGCAAGGCUGCUAGCAGUGAUGCGCCUGCUGCUAAGGCAUUCGUUGAAGAAUUUGAUAAACUAAUUGUGAAAGAAGGAUAUUUGCCUGAACAGAUUUUUAAUGUGGACGAAACUGCCUUGUUUUGGAAAAAGAUGCAGUGUUUCCAAAGUGGUAUUUGGAAACACUGCUGCAAACGCUUCCUCAGAGAUUUUGUUGGCUUCGAUAACGAAGAGGAAUUAAGCAACGUCCGAGGAAAAAUUGUUAGCUUGGCAAAGCAACUUGAGUUAGGAUGUGAAGAAGAAGAAAUUGAAGAACUGAUAAGUGAAGAACCUGAGGAAUUAACAAAUGAAGAACUGUUAGCAAUAGAAGAAGAAAGGAAAGCUGAAGAAGAAAGAAGAGAGGAAGAAAAGGAAGUUGUAGAAGAGGAGGAGCCCGAACGAAAGUUUACUGUAAAGGGAUUAUCGGAAGCCAUACAAAUGCUUAAUACAAUACUGCAUAAAUUGGAAGGAAUGGAUCCGAAUGUUGAACGGUUUGCCCGGAUAGAGAGAUCUAUGCAAGAAGUAAUGAGGCCAUACAAAGAAAUCUACGAUGAAAAGAAAAAGCAGAAGAUCCAAACGACACUUAGCAUGUUUGUCAAACUCAAACGAACACAAAAGCCCGCCUCAUCCAGCAUCGAAGCCACCCCCUCCCCUACAUCAGCCAGCGCAGUAACCACCCCUUCCCCAUCCCCUGCCUCACCUGACUUAACAGCUGAUCUUUCUUUCGACCGUGCGUAUGAAGAAAGUGUUGAUGACGUCGAACCAAGUCAUUCUGAGAGCAUUAUGGGAAUGCGUGGGUCUGAAAAAAUAUGUCUUUCGACCAAUAUGUACAGUGAAGUUAAGUACAGGAAAAUAAAUCUUCGAAUUUGA